CAAUUCUCGAAGUCGGUGUGACGUCACGAUCACGUGACACACCUUGACAACAGGCCCGCCAUAUUUGACUUGGGGAAAGAGAGAGCGUACAUGUUAGGGGAAUUAGGAGAAGCACGCAGCACUACUAGGUUUUGGUACAUCAUGUGAACCUUUGUGUGACUGAUAAGUUUGGGAAUGAGUUUGUUUUCGGCUUCAUGUUGAAAACUAGCCAGUGAGCUAACAAUGAAGGCCUAAUCCGACAUUCGUGGGAUUUAAACCUCUCUGCACUGGUCCAUGAAAAGAGGACGAAUGAGCUCAGGUGUGUCAGCUGUCUUGAGUUGAGAACAUUGUGAUGGAUUCACCUGGGCAAUCUGGUCCAGCUGCAAAGAAGAAAAAAGGCCAUUGAGAGAGAACAAAGCAGGCUUCGGAUGCAGGUGAUGAGAGCCCGAAAAAAGCAGAGCAGCCAGAGCAACCUAGAUUGACUCGAGCUGCUAAAGAGGAGCAAAGAGAGAAGUGGAGGCAGGCGAAGGCAAAGUGGUGGGUGAGCUUACACCCCCAGAAGUAACGCCGUCAGAGGGAGAAGAGAGCCCAGCGGGAAAGAGAAAAGCGAGCGAACAAAAGAGCUGUUAUGAGUUCAUCAGAAGACAGACAGCGCUCCUCCAGGAAGUCUCGGGCUCCUGAUCCCUCACAGCUGUGUGAGGACAUGAAAUCAGAGACAUGCAAAGCGUCAGAAGUCUAUGUGAAGAAAGAGGAGACACUGGAGCUGAACAUCUUCAACCAUGGAGACGACCUUAACAACCCACCUGAAGAUCUCUCCAUUAAAGUGGAAGAUCCUGACAAGAAAGACUACCUCUACUGUGAAGUUUGCAAAUCCUUCUUCUUCAGCAAAUGUGAGGUUCAUGGACCGCCCCUCUUCAUCCCAGAUACUCCUGUUCCCAUGGGAGUCCCUGACCGAGCCAGACAAACUCUUCCUCCUGGGUUAGAAAUCCAGAAGUCCAAUAUUCCUGAUGCAGGCCUGGGAGUGUUUAAUAAGGGGGAGACUGUUCCAAUAGGUGCACACUUCGGACCCUAUCAGGGAGAGCUGAUAUGCAGGAGCAUGCAGUGUGAAGAAUACAUAGAUGCCAAAAGAGAGAUGCAUGUGAAUUGGAUGAGGUAUGUGAAUUGUACCCGUAACGAUGAAGAACAGAAUCUUGUGGCAUUUCAGUAUCAAGGGGGAAUUCUGUAUCGUUGCUGUCGACCCAUUAACCCAGGACAGGAGCUCUUGGUGUGUUAUGAAGAGGAGUACACCAAAGAACUUAGUCCUGUACCUACAGGAACAGCCAGACAGCAAGAAGUAAAGGACACUCUGCUGCAGGUGUUUUCCUGCUCCACAUGUCCUCGUUCCUAUGCAUCUCAAAUUGACCUCGACAAACACAUCCAGAGAUGCCAUUAUGAAGAAUAUGUGAGACUUCGGGAAUCAAGAGAGAUUAAAUAUGAACUUCAAAUCCCCUCCAAAUGCUCCAGUAGUGAGCCCACAUCAACUGAUACUCUCAGUUCUGACACAUCUUAUAAUGAUAUACAGAAGGGAAUUCACCACUGGUCAGACAGUGGAAAAAGUUUUGGUCAUCAGAAUGCACUCAAGACAAACCAGUGCCUUCACACAGGAGGAAAUCCACAUUACUGCUCUCAGUGUGGAAAGAGUUUUACUCGUCGGAGUGAUCUCCAAAAACACCAGUGUAUUCACACAGGAGAGAAGCCGUAUCACUGCUCACAGUGUGGAAAAAAUUUUACUCAUCAGAGUAAUCUCCGAAGACACCAGCGCGUUCACACAGGAGAGAAGCCGUAUCAUUGCUCACAGUGUGGAAAGAGUUUUCCUCGUCAGAGUCAUCUUCAGGAACACCAGCGCGUUCACACAGGAGAGAAGCCAUAUCACUGCUCACAGUGUGGAAAGAGUUUUGCUCAGCAGAGUCAUCUUCAGGAACACCAGCGCAUUCACACAGGAGAGAAGCCGUAUCACUGCUCACAGUGUGGAAAGAGUUUUACUCAGCAGAGUCAUCUCCAAACACACCAGCGCAUUCACACAGGAGAGAAGCCGUAUCACUGCUCACAGUGUGGAAAGAAGUUUACUUAUUCUGUUACAUUUAAGACCCACCAGUGCAUCAAGUUAGAGACAUUGCAUGAUUUAAAGUUGUCAAAUUAAAUAUGGUUAUUAGUUAUUAACCUGAAAAUGACCUGUACUUUGAACUUUGUUAUAUGACCAUUUUUUAAAAUAUGUAACCUUAAAGAUGUUUAAAAUAAGAAUGUUUGUUUGUUUGUUUGUUUGUUUGUUUGUUUUUUUGUUUUUCUUUUGAUCUUAAGUAGUCAUUAAUUACCACCAUACAAGUAAUGAUUUAACUGCGACACUGUUUUUAUUGUAGUACUGCAGUACGAGACUAAUUGUUAAUGGAAUUAUUACUAAUCAGGAAUUUAAUGUACUACGUUUAACAGGAAUGUGGAUCAAACCAAUUGAGUAUGUAGCAUUUAAAGGAAGCUAUAUUUAUCAGCCUUGCCUAACUGGUCGAGGAGAAGGCGUCAGUUAUUUAUAAUGAUCUCAGCAAUAUACAAAAACCUGAACAAAAA